AGCCAGGCCGAGCCCAGCUGUUCUUCGAUCCCCUAACCUACGUCAGUUUAUUUCAGCCACUAACACUGAACGCGGCGCCUCUCGGAGCAGCGCUCGCUCGCUAUCUGCAGCCUCGUUAACGCGGGGCUCUCGACGAGGCUUCUCACCGCUUCGGCUCGUUCCGCUCGUCGAUGACGGAAGAACCACGAUCGUUCGACGACGGGGAUCGGUCGUUCGCGAUCAGCAGAACGAGCUGAUCGUGUGCUUCUCGCGGACGGCUUCCACGUAUUAUCUGUGUUUAUCGCACGCGACCAAGUGAGACAACGCGAUACAGCGAUUGCGCGUCAGUGUGUGUGUGUGUGUAUGCGCGCGUCAGGUUGGUCUAAUUGUGUUGAAGCGACGCGCGUGUUCUUCUCUCUCUCUUUCUCGAUCGGCGAAAUCCGCUUUCGGAGCAGCCGAUUUUCUUUGUGCGCUCCCCUCACCGCGGUAUUAUUGUCGACCCGCGGGAUUCUCCGUCGUCACCGAUUUCCCUUUAAUUGCUCUCGUCGUCUUCGCGAUACGCUCUAUGUACGCACGUUUCUUCAGUGGCCGAUACGUGCCGCGUCCUCUUUAUGUGACACAAUGACAUUUGCCGUGUAAUUUAUCUCGUUGUCGUAGAUUCACUGUUGAGAAAUCGCCCAAGACAAGAUAUUUAGAAUCGUGCUUGACUACUUAUCGUGCGUUUCAAUGUGGCAGAAUAUGGUAAUCUAAUCUUCGCGUCGUGCAUCUGUGUCGAAUGACACGUGUCUCGGUGGUCUUCGGACGAAUUAGAAUGGAAUCUCAGAUUGGGAUUGAAUUACGGGUGGAAAAUCGAACGAACGAUUGAUCUAUCUAAGUUUUCGUCUCAUCGGAAGUAUAAAAUAGUCCGAGCGUCGACAUUUUAAAUUCCACAUUAAGUCUUCAAGGAAAUAAAAGGGGAGAAAAGGGAAAUAAAUUUCUAUUUGCAGUAUCGAAGGAGCACAAGUGCUUCUUCAAUGCUGCAAAAGGAAGUUUAGUUCUCUGGAAUCUGAAUUUUAGUUCUACACUAAGUCUUCAAGCAGAGAAAGUAACUUUCUCAUUAACACCAAAAUUACACAAAUAGGAGAUCUUUGAACACUUAAUAUAGAACUACUAAACUAGACUCAAAGUAAGACUAAGAUUUCGAUUGGGGAGACCCUUCCUCGUCGCGCGCGUUCUCCUCCUUCCUGUUGGCAUUUCCUCCGUAGGAGAGGCGAUGAAUCAAUAAGGAAUGCCAUUCACAUAUUCCCCAGGCAUCGGUCGGGACAGAAGUUCGAUUGAGUGCGUUUCCUGUCAUAAGACACCGCGUUCGCAGAGAGAGAGAGAGAGAGAGAGAGGUACUCGCUGAAAUCGGAUAGAUCCGGCGAUUAUUCCUGGCCGAUCGGUGGAGAAAACCUCGGUGUAAUCGACUUUCGAGGGAAACCGUACGCGCGCUUGUCGCGUGAUACAUCCGUCGUGCGCGACACGCACGUGCGCGUAUUCGCGCGCGCGCCUUGCCGUCGUGGUGUGUGUUUUUGCGAAACCGGGUGCGCCGCGAGAUGCCGUCGUGUGGGCCGCGCGAUCGUGCAGCUGUGCGUGCGACUAUAAAUGGAACGCGUGCAGCCGCGAAGCAUUGACACGUAUAUAUCGCAAGGGAGAGAAUCGAACCGACGAUCAAAAUGUUUUCGCACUUCAUCGCACCCGCGCUCCGCCAUAAAUAGAACGGCCGGCCUCGUUGCCGCUGCAGUGCGUUCGGCAGGAAUGCGCGACGCAUUAUUCGUUAUUCGGAUCUCCAGCCGAGCGGCAACGGAAGGAAUCCGAUUAGAACGGGAAAUCUGAUUAGAACCGUGCGUCUCUCCCGAGUGUCGGAGCUGAAUAAUGCGCGCGCUGAUAACGCCUUGAAUCGAAAGUGUGCACGCAGGACGACGCGGGGUUCUCCGAUACUCGACGUCGUGAAUUCUGUUCGAACGGACGACGUGUUCACAAAUAUUGCGCAAUUCUCAGAUGCAACGCGAGGAGAAUUCAGCAGCGGCGUGCGUUUUCUCCGCGAGAGCCACGUGAUUCCCGGUCGCGCCGAGCUAUCGAUUGUCGCAUCGAGGAGGGUGGCGCGUGAAUUCGAGCCGAAGAGCACCCACGCCGUCCGCCGCGUGAUUAGACGCGCGCGACUAAUUGCACUCGCGGAAGCUUGCUCGUUAGCUUGCUUCCGAGGCCGCGCACUUUUUGUCGAGUGGAGGAAGAGGAGAGCGUCAAGGAUACUCGUGGGCCGCGGCGGUGGCUGAAAUGCCAGAAGGACGUUUUGAAAAUCUUUGGUUCGACGCAUGCGUCCCAUCGCACUCGGCGGCCGAUGGAGCGCGAUGGAGCCGUCAUCGUCGUCCCUGAGUUGCUGCUGCUGUUAGAGGGAGAAACACGAUCCGCCGUGAAAGCGCUGAAAAAGAAGGACGACGUCGUGGGGAUCGACGUGGCGGACGGACGGCUGCUAAUUCAGUACGGAAUUUAUCGUGGCGAUCCUGGUGCGUCCCGAAGCGAGGAGACGACCGACCGCUCGCUCUUCUCUCGAGGUCGUCUCGAUGCGAUCGAUAAACCGAGUGAGGGAGAGAGAGAUCUUUCCGGAGCGCCACUGCGUAGAGUGUUCGCCGAGGUAUAGAGGUGUUGUCGUCGAUCGGUGUGACAAUUUUCCAAUGUACAUUCAGCCGGUCAAGCGCGCGAGUGUCGACGGACGGUUCCCGAACGAGUGAAUGUUCUACGAGACUGAAUUCGAGACGCGUCGAGAUGCCGGGCGAAAAUCGUGACCAGCUGGCUAGAGGAGGAGGUGGCGGUGAAAGAGGAGGAGGAGGAAGCGUCCCAGGACGUAGAGAAUCCACGAGGGGCGGCGGCGGCGAGCCGGAUCCCCGCAACCGAGGACUGACCACGAUGAUCCCGCUUCCGCGCACCGGCCAGUUCGCGUCGGCCUCGCAGAACCAGAAGAUCGUCAAGACGGAGAAAAAUCGGCUGAGACUGAUCAUGGAGAGCCGCGGCGCCGUAGCCGCCAGCGACGUCCUUGACAAGGAGCAGCGAAUCGGCAUGCGGCAGGACGCAUCGCAGGACAAUUGGCGGGUGUCGGCGGCGGCUAACUGCUCGGCGAUCGCGCGUCUCCGCGAGGAAUCCGACGACACGCGUCGGGAUGAAAAGGAGAACGCGGAGGCCUGCCGGUCGCGCGCGACGGAGAGCCGCGUGCCGUGCGGCUCGGCGGCGGGUAUCGGGGUGGAAGGCGUCGCCGCCAUCACCACCACCACUAUCGCCGCCGCCGCGUGGGGCGGCCAGAGACGAAAGGGUGCCUCGCCACCGCCGCCCCUGAGCAGCGUCGCGGCUGUAUCGCGCAGGCUGGAGUCGGCCGCUAACGCCGCGGCAGCGUCGUUCAACCCUGUCGCCGCCACGCAAAGAUGCGCAAAGGGCACCAUCGUCGAUGCCGCCACCGCCACCACCACCACCACCACCGCGCCGAGGCCGCCGCGGAUUUACCCGGCUUCUGUCAUCGCGCCUGAGAUCAACAAGGAAGAUGCCAUGGAGCCGGAGACGAAGGAGGAGGACGAGCGACGCUCGUCGACGCCGAGUCCUGAGUUCUACGUGAGGAGGAGUAAGCGUUACAACGAGGAUGGCAGCAGCGAGGAGGAAAUUAAGCAGGACACCUCCCUGCCUAGCAGCCACAGGCUACCGUCUUCGUAUCGCGGUACAUGGCCCAUCAGAAGAGACGUAUGGGCCAAUCAGCAGAUUGGCUUUCCGGUCCAGCAGAGCACAUCGCUCGCUGCACACAAUGGUCACCGACGACUGGGCGCCAAGGUGGACGUGGUAUACAACCUGUUGGGCAUGUUGGAGAAAAACGGCCGGGAAGACAUGAGCACUACCCUGCUCUCCAUGAGCACCUCCAUAGACAGUUGCCUGGUGAUGAGGCAGUCCGGAUGCCUGCCGCUGUUGGUGCAGCUGAUCCACGCACCCGGACAGGACCCCGACACUCGCGACAGAGCCAUGCAGGCGUUGCACAACGUGGUGCACGCCAAGAGUGACGAGAGGGCCGGCCGUCGGGAAGCGCGGGUGCUCCGCUUCCUGGAACAGCUUCGAGACUAUUGCCAGACUCUGAGGAUAUCCCUAGAGAGGGGACAAUCGACGGACGACCUCGAGAGACACCCGGCCGCGACGAUAGCCGCUCUCAUGAAGCUCUCCUUCGACGAGGCGCACCGUCACGCGAUGUGCCAAUUGGGCGGCCUCCACGCAGUCGCGGAGCUCAUCGAGAUGGAUCACCUGGCGCACGGCAGCGAGUGCGACGACCAGAACUGCAUCACGUUGCGCCGAUACGCCGGAAUGGCACUGACCAAUCUGACCUUCGGCGACGGCAACAACAAGGCCUUGCUCUGCUCCUUCAAGGAGUUCAUGAAGGCCUUGGUGUCACAGCUGAGGAGCCCCAGCGACGAUCUCAGACAGGUGACAGCGAGCGUGCUGCGAAAUUUGUCCUGGCGCGCCGACAGCAGCAGCAAGCAGACCCUGAGGGAAGUGGGAGCGGUCACCGGUCUGAUGAGAGCCGCUAUGGAAGGCCGCAAGGAGUCCACUCUGAAGUCUAUACUGUCCGCUCUGUGGAACCUGUCGGCGCACUGCAGCACGAAUAAAGUGGACAUUUGCGCGGUGGACGGCGCGCUGGCCUUCCUCGUGGACAUGCUGAGCUAUAAGGCGCCGUCCAAGACGCUGGCGAUCGUCGAGAACGCUGGCGGUAUACUAAGGAACGUGUCGAGCCACGUGGCGGUGCGAGAGGACUACAGAGCCGUCGUGAGGGAGAGGGGCUGCCUGCAGGUUCUCCUGCAGCAGCUCAGGUCGCCGAGCUUGACAGUGGUGAGCAAUUCAUGCGGGGCACUCUGGAAUCUAUCGGCGAGAUGUUCACAGGAUCAACGUCUUCUCUGGGACUUGGGCGCGGUGCCGAUGCUGCGCAGUCUCGUUCACUCGAAGCACAAAAUGAUAUCCAUGGGCUCGAGCGCGGCCCUGAAGAACUUGCUGAGCGCCAGGCCAGGCUGCAACAGUCUCGUCCACCUGGACUCGACUGCUCGCGGCCUCGGACUCUCGACCUUGCCGAGUCUGGUCGCUCGCAGGCAGAGAGCUCUGGAGCAGGAGAUAGACCAGAACCUGGCGGAGACGUGCGACAACAUCGAGCCGAGCACGUCGCCGACUAACAAGGAUGACAAGUUCACGUUCAAACUCGACCACAGCUUCCUCGGCAUCAAUGCUCACGGCCUGCGCUCCUAUCACAAUCAGCCCAGCACGUCGAGCGGCGGCGUGAAGUGCAACGGAGUCGCCAGGAGCGAGAGCAGGGACUCGAUGCGUUCCGUCACCAGCACGCACUCCGACACCAUGUUCGAGAGGGUGAAUCGGCACGUUCUGAACGGCAUGUCGUCGUCCACCGAGCCGCAGGUCAAACAGCAAUCCUCGUCGCUGCACUCCGCCGUCGAUGGCGCCGCGUCCAGCGACGGCCACGUCAAAGCCACUCUCUCCGAGAGGAAGUACACGCUGCGUUACAAGAACGCCAUCCCCGAGCGUCUCAGGCCGCCCGACGACUUCGACGCGAACGAGCUAAGGUGCGCCAACUCCACCAUAUCAUGGGCCACGGUGUCCAAUCAAGAGCCCUCUCAAAUCUCGUUGCACUCCUCUGUUGAGAACAACAUGUCUCCGGUCGAUCACAGCGUCUCGUCCAAAGCGGGCAGCCAGUCCAGCGUCUCCGAGGAAGCCGAGGCGACCGUUUGCGCCAAAUCGGAUUACCGGCGGGCGAAACCGACCACUCUCUACCUGCCCGAGGCUUCCUCCGCGAGAGAUACCGCGAGUUUCGGCAACGUCUACACGGAGAAGGCCCUCUUACGCCAGCACGACACGCUGAACAGCAUGCAGAAGGCCAUAUCGCCCACGAUCGGUACGAACUUGUUCGGUUGCGACUACGCCGAGACUGACCUGGACCAGCCGACUGACUACAGCCUGCGCUACGGCGAGCAGACGAUAGACGACGAGAAGCAGCACUCAGGAUUCUUCUCGGGCAACGACCAAGGGCUCCUGCACGACACGGACACGGUUCGGACUUACUACACCGAAGGCACGCCGCGAGAGGCAUCCUUGAACUCAUCCAGAGCCACUUCCGCGUCCGAUCUGCAGGACGAUAGCCGUGUAAGGAGCUCGGCGAGAAAGUUACCGGAGCGAUACGCGAGGCGCGCCGAGGAGCACGGUGAAUGCCAGAUGUCGUCCUUGACGGACGUGCCGAAACUGAACGACUUCGCCGAACCGGAGGUGGAGCUGAAUUUGCGAGGCGCGACGCAUCUCACCGACGAUGAAAGCGGGAACCACUCGUUGCCAUACCUCGAAGGCGACCUGGACAAGCAGGCCGGAGGCGCUCGCGAAGAUACAAACAUUCAAAGCCAUUCGAGCGUAAGGACAACGCCGAUUUCGAUGGUGCUAGGAACUUCCGAGUACAAUGACGACCACGACGGGGAAUCCAGUUCGAGGAUCAUUAAUCUGGACUCGAAAGCGGAGUUUGAGCCGCAAGCUAUGCUAGUGAAUAACUGCAAAGUUAGUGACUUGCCGUCGAAUAAUAUCGAGUUUCCGUCCGGCGGCAGUUUAAAGACCUCCAACAAUGAUUCGGGAUAUCAAGUCAGCGACGGGGACGAGGAUGACGAGGAUUUACUUGCUGCUUGCAUCAACAUUGGAAUGCAAAAUAACAGGCAUAGACAUUCCUUCAUAGGGAACAAUCUCGAGAAGCUACCUCGGUCAGAAAGCAACUUGACUCGAUAUCAAACCAGUCUUGCUUUGGAUCAAGUCGAGUAUAACGAAACCGUCGAGUCUGAUAUCCCGUCGUUCAACAUAAAGCAGGCGAAGCCGUGUGGAAUAAGCGCAGUUGAAAGUGCGGAGCUGGACAACAAUGUGUCGAGACGAAGCGACAAGCGGUACGAGAAGAACAUCCGACUAGAGGCAGACGCGAUGACAACGACGAACGCGAGUAACGAGUACACGCGUCACGCUGGAGAAUCGAAUAACACCUCGGACACAGCAGACGAAGACGGUAACAUCUCAUUGCGCGGUGGAGCGUUAAAUACUGCAGCGUCCGAUAACCCUGUGAACAGCGGCGCAAGUCAGAAGGGAUCCCUCGUGCGAGCGAGCGAAGCGACAGCCGACGAGCGAAUCGCCGAGGAUGAUCCGUCGAUGAAGCAGUCGUUCACGAAGGAUUCCGAGAGUAGCGAGUCGAUCGAUUCCGUCGAGCAGUCCGAACACGCCCUGCUGGAACUGUGCAUUCAGCCGGGCGUCAAGUCCGAAAGUAACAUCGCCAUCCGCGAGAGGGACGUCGACUACGCGGAGCCGCCACUCGACUCGUACAGCAAGCAGCUCGACUUCAUGAAGACGGGCAACGUGGUGCCAGAUGAGAUCUGCGAGGCCGACGGGAACGUGAGUUGCAAGCAAGAGGCGGCGAGCUUCGAGAUCGUGAGGACUUCGGACAUCCUGCACCGUGACAGCGCGGACAAGCACAUGAAGGAGGAGACGUACAGGCGGCAGAGGGACCCGGACGCGAUGAUCGCAUCGCUGGACCGGCUGACGGCGACCCUGGUGCAGCAGACGGAGGCGAUGCGCGAGCGGGACUCCUUCAACACGAUGAAGCAGAGCCUGACGCAGAGCGACACGUGGAACGAGGACUCGCCGAACGACGUGUCCUUCCCCAGCAUCAGCAUGAGCGCGCCGUUAGCCGCCUCGUUCAACAGCGACGCGCCGGAGGACCAGCGCACCAACGUGUCGGAGACCACGCAGGUGGAGAACAGCGAGCAGACGAGCAUGACGGAGUCGAAGAUUAUCCAGCGGGAGGCGAUCAAGCUGGCGGAAGCGGUGGACGCCGAGGUGAACAACCAGAACGACCUGGAGACGACGAGUCUCACGUCGAUCGACCUUGAGGCGAUCAAACCACCGUCCUCGAUGGGCAGUCUGUUGUCGUUGACCGCGAGCUACGCCGGCUCGGUCGACACCAGCGAGGCAUUCGUCGGUAACCGGGACCGCUGUUACUCCACGUCGCUGCCGCCGGCGCGAUGUUCCUCCGACCCGCGAAACAUGCGGAAGAAGUCCCUGCCGCUCGGUGUAGUGGCGAAGCGGGCGCUCGGCCAAGGCGGCCAGCACACUACCAGCCUGGAGAAUCUGCUGAACGAGUGCACCAGCUCGCACCUAGAGAACGUCAAGCCGCCGUCGAUGAUGGACGAGUUGCCGGACGUCGGCGACAUGGAGAACAGUAUGCUGAGCGUGGCCAGCAUCACGUCGGAAAUCGCGGACUCGCGCGAACAGGACUCGCACAGUCUGACCGACCCGGUAGUGUUCGAGAUGCUCAAACCGGUGGCGAACGUACUCUCCAUCACGUGCAUGCGCUACACCGGCGAGGGCAUGCCGAGCAGCGCGAGCAACAGCCUGAGCGAGUGCCUGGAGAACAUCAACCCACCGUCUCUGUUCAACGAGGUGAGCGAGAUGGACGAGUCCACGGUCGAGGCGACCACCGACACCCUCUGCAGCGACACUCUCUGCAUCGACACGGAGCUGCACACCGACGAGGUGGCGGUACACUCGAUCGUCGCUGAGGUGAUCGACGAGGCGGAGAACGACACCGACGAGGGCGCCACGCCCAUCUCCUCCGAGUACUGCGUCAGCAGCUCGGCCGAGUCGACGCCGAAGAAGCGGCUGUACAAGAGCCACUUGACGCCGAAGCAGAGGCGCAGCCUGACGAAGGAGAGGUAUCGUACCUACACCAUCGCCGCGGAGAUCGUGAAGAAGGAGGAGGAGCAGCGCAGGAAACAGGAGGGCGCCGGCGACAAGAUCCCGCGUGGAUCUCGCUCCCCUUUCUCGAAGCUGACGCCCAAACAACGUAGACAAGAGGACAGGGCGAGGUUCCAGACGCAGGUGCUGGAGAAUCCUUUCCCGGACCUCGUGACACAGUUUAACAAAGAGGAAGCGCCGCAGCAAGCCGCCCAGGAUCCCGCUGAGAAACAGGAGGCCGUGUCUCCCACCAAGUCGGCUAUCCCCACGCUCACGAAGCUGCCGGUGUGCCGGAAGAAGCGCGGGGACUCGCAGGAGAGCAAAGAGCGGUAUCGUACGAGGACGUUGAACGACUCGGAGGCGGUGUUCAAGGAGAUGGAGUCCGUCCCACAGGCGGACCCGCAGAGUAUGCUGAACACCCUGAACGGCAGGGCCAACCACUCCGUAGUCGCGGAGUCGAGUCUGCGCUGCGAGACGUUGGCGGCGAACGAGUCGGAGCAGAACCUGAGGAUGCGCUUCGUGAACGGGUUGUCGAAGAAACUGAUGGACGGUCAACAGGCCGACGACGAGGAGAUGCAGUGCGAGAAUGCGGAGGUCCUCCAGGAGGACUACCCGGCCGAGUCGGAUAGCGAUGAGGAGUCCAACUACGGUGACGAGGAGCGCGAGCCGAGGGAGACGAAGAGGCCGCGGAUCGUCAAGCCGGGUAUGCCGGCGAGGGACCCGAGCGUGGACUCCAACGCGACGGACAAGUCCGAGCCGGGCAGCCCGAAGGCCAUCCGAGGGCGACGGAAGGCCUUGUACUCGAACCCGAUCACGCGGAAGCCGACGCCGCAGUCGUCGCCGUUGAAGCAGGCGAUCCCGGUCAGCGGCAUACCUAUCGGCCGCAGCAACACCUCGCCCAUCGUCAGAGCCACCCGAGCCACCACUUUGAGGCAGAGCAACAGCACGGCCGUCGCCACGAAAGACUCCCCGAAGCAGACUGUGCACGACGUGGAGAAACGGACGCGCAACGCAGCGGCCAUGUCGAAGAGAGCGUCGGUGCCGCAGAAGGGAUCCUCCCUGACUUUCACCAAGUCCGCCAAGCGCCACAGCACGCCUCCAACGUGCUCGUCCAACUUCCCGAGCGAGGGCAAGCUGUCGGAGGCGCCGAUCAAACCGUUGGAACGCCAGGGGACCUUCACGAAGGACGAGCCGGAGGUGGAGAACGCGCCGACGGUGCACUCCGCGUCCGCCUCGCCCGUGAAGACGAAAAUCGCGAAGCCGGUCAGGAGCGCUGCUUCGUCAAAAGUCCAUCCGGCGGCGGGCAAGUCCAAGAUCUCAGUGAAGGCGCACCAGGCGUACCAGCCGAAGAUUACCAAGGCCAGCAGCGUCGAGAAGGUGCAGUCUUCGAAGGGGUUGCCGGUGCCGGCGAAGAAGAUGCCCUCUGGCCCUAAGUCGGGCGCGAAAGCGUUGUCAAACAACGCGACGGCGAAUGACAACGGGGGAAAGCGCAAGGUGGGCCCGCUCGGGCAACGGUCCAACAGCAACUCCAGCAUUGUGUCGAGCGCGUCGGCGGGCGUGCAGAGUCGCGCGAAGCUGGCGAAGGAGGCGACCAGCAAGAUCGCCGGGCUCUGGAAGAAGGUCGAGGAAAGCAAGAACAAGCAGCGCCUCGAGAAGCCGGACACUAGGCAAUGGAUCAGACCGGCCAACAGCGCGACCGAAGUCGACGGCUCGGCGGUCGGCAACAACCAGCCGUUCCGGCUGUUCCGCAGCUCCACAUUUGAGGGGAUCUCGCAGGAGGACAACGGCGGCGGGACCUCGCCGUACAAGUCCAAGUCCAAGCGGCCGCCGGUGUUGGGCUCGCAGCCGCCCGGCGGCGUCAAGUACAGGAACUCCUGCGACUUGACCGGCAUGAACGCGAGCGAAGCGCCCUGCAAGAUCCCAGUCAAGUCGUCGUCCGAGUCGUACAAGAAGGAGACCACGCAGCUGGGUGACGCCCUGGUGACCCUUAGGAAGCAGCAGAGUGCUGCGGAAUUCGCGGCCGACGCGACGGAUCCGAGCAAGAGGAUAUCGAGGCUCGGCUCGUUCAUCCGGGUGGACCCGGCCGCGGAGAACAACGGGGCCGUGCGAGUGCCAGCCUCGGCGAUCGUGCCGCCCUUCAAUUACAAUCCGAAGCCAGACAUUCCAUCGCAGACGCAGAUUAGAGCUAGAGCGGGCCCGGACGAGAGCCAGGGCAAAUUCGAGGCGUCGGAUUGCCGCGCGGACAUAGUCACCGGCUCCGCCCGGGUCACGACGGUGUAGGAAGGAAGACGAGUUGUUGACGAAAAUAAGUUCCGUUAAUAGCGCCUCCUCUUCGUUCCCAGGCUAGUCAUUGUACAUUCGCUUGCUAUAUAUGUUCGCCCAUAGACACACCACACGGGUACAUACGCACGGACAGACAGACACGGUAUUCGUACACGGAAGGGAAUUAGUAUCAGUUCGAAACUCGUAUUCUCAUAUACAAACGAGAAUAUAUAUAUAUAUGUUGUAUGAAGAUAAAACUUGCUUACACGAAAAAAUUCUAUAUAUUAGUUCUGGUAGAAAUAUCGUGUUCAAAUUAUGCAAGAAUAAUUUUCAUGAAUUGAGCAGACAUCUUUAAACUAAGAAUUAUAUCAGUUUGAAGAUGUUCUUUCCAUUCAAUCUUUUUUCUCCUCGAUUAAUAAAAGUUAUUCUUGAAUAAUUUGAAUACGAUAUUUUCGAUGGAACUAUGUGGAAUUUCUUCGUGUAAGCAAGUUUUAUCUUCAUAUAACAUAAUAUAUUUUCAUUUAUACAUGAAGGAUAUAUAAGU